UUACAACACGACGGCGUUACGCGAUGACGUCACAACGCGAUGGCGUCACGCGUUACGCGAUGACGUGUACUCGCCGGGGUCUCCGUGGGCCGAGUGGUCGCAGUCCUAGGCAAGUCGCGAGUGUCCGCGAUGUGAGCGCCUUGCGCUGUCGCCGAACACGAGGGCCCCAUGGCAGAGUCUGGCGUGCGGACAUUCCGUGUCCCGGCGCGUCACGGCUACUCCGUCAAGUUCUCUCCGUUCUUUCCCGCUCAGCUGGCGUGCGCCGCAUCACAGUACUUUGGCAUCGCCGGGUCUGGGAGCCUCUUGAUUUUGCACCAGACCCCAGAGGGAAUUACCGAACUGCGGAGGUUCGAGUGGAACGACAGCCUCUUCGACGUGGCGUGGAGCGAGGACAAUGAGCACGUGCUGGUGACGGGCUCCGGCGACGGCUCCCUGCAGCUGUGGGACGCGUCGCAGCCUGAGGGGCCCCUGCGUGUCUACCAGGGCCACACCAAAGAGGUUUACAGCGUGGACUGGAGCCAGACCCGAGGAGAGAACCUCGUGGUGUCGGGAUCAUGGGACCAUACGGCCAGAGUGUGGGACCCCGCGGUCUUGUCGUCUCUGGCCGAGUAUCGCGGGCACGAGGGCGUCGUGUACAGCACCGUGUGGUCUCCGCACAUCCCAUCGUGCUUCGCCUCCGCGUCCGGCGACCAGACGUUGCGAGUGUGGGACGUGAAGAGCCCGCACGCGGCGCGCAUCGUCAUCCCCGCCCACCAGGAGGAGGUCCUCAGCUGCGAUUGGUGCAAGUACGACCAGAAUCUGCUGGUCUCUGCCGCCGUGGAUUGUGGCAUCCGCGGCUGGGACCUGCGAAACAUCCGGCAGCCGGUGUUUAGCCUGCUCGGACACUCGUACGCGAUACGGAGAGUCAGGUGUUCUCCAUUUCAGCCGACCGUCUUGGCUUCCUGCUCUUACGACUUCUCAGUGAGGUUCUGGGAUUUCCAGGCGCCCGUUCCCCUGCUCCAAACGGUGGAACACCACACGGAGUUUGUUUGUGGCCUCGACUUCAGCAUUCACACACCUGGGCAGGUGGCGGACUGCGCCUGGGAUGAGACGGUGCGUGUGUACGUUCCUGGUUGUCUGAAUGCCGCUCCAAGCUGACCUAUGGAACCAAUGAUAUAUGACCGUCCUCCCUCCAACUCCCCCCACCCCGUCUACAUCGCAGUUGGCAUUGCUGCUAAAAUUGCUGUCACAGUCACUGCCAUCAGCAUUAAACUCGUUUCGCCUUUUUUAUUUCGGGUGCUUAAAAAAAAAGUCAACACUUACAUGGAACUAUCGUUUUUAAUGGAAAGAAAACGGAUAAUACUACACUGUGACAUGUUAAUAGCUUCAAAAAGUAUCCACUUGUUCACCAUCGUUGUCAACGCGUGCCUGGAAUCUUCUCCAGGUGGUCUCCAGAGCCCAGAGGCAUAUUUCUUGUGGUGUUAUUGCAAAUUCCCAGAAGUGUUAACACUUUUUUUUAAGCACCCUGUAUUUAUAAUCAAAGGAAAGAUUAUUGUCAGUUUACUCAGCCGUCGUUGUGAAUGCCAUUACGGAGUUGUGCGAAGUUCUCUCCAAACAUUGUGAGCGUGGAGACACGGGACUUGAGCACCGUGGAGACACGGGACUUGAGCACCGUGGAGACACGGGACUCGAGCGUGGAGACACGGGACUUGAGC